CUAAACAUAGUGAAUACUAAUCAAAUAUUAGACACUGAGGUGUUGGAGUUACAUUUUAAACUUUGACAGACACCAUUAGCGCUGCAUGAAAGAAUUUGUUGUCUCAGAGGUCAACAUUGUUUUUCAGCCUUUUCUCCAAAAUAAAUACUAAGAAAAAAUGAGAAGAAAUGACCUAUACUUCUUAAAUACAAUUUUGUGAUUUGGGAAUAUUUGGGAGAAUUAGGGAUACUUUUGGGUGGGGAAUUGAUUAUUUAUGUUUUAUUUCUGUUGCUACAAACAGCACAUUUGCUUUUCCGUCUGCUUAAUUCCAUUCCAAGUUUGCUAUUCUCCACCACUCACGGCAUCAUUGAGCUCUACAUAAUAACUUUUAUAGGAGACAAACAUUACCAGGCAAUUUGAAAGGCAGGUUGAAGAUAAAGGCUGAUAGCUCACGUGCCCUGGCCUGGUGACUUGGCUCACUUCUGAAGCUUACACUGAAUGUGGUCGAUGUCCAUCAGCUCUAUGAGGCUUAAAGAAACAUUUCUCCUAAUACAAAAAUAAACCCACUAUAAUCAUUCGUUUUGGGGAAAUUUUACAGUUGUUGGUUAACGUGCUCCCUUAUGCCCUGCAAUAUUCAUUAGCAGACUUCUCUGUUUAUGAGUGAUAUUAUAUAGAAAUGGUUAUGGGAAGCUAACAGAUGUAAUCACUGAAAUAAAUUAGAAGAAAAAGUUCUGUUUUUUACAGAUGGCUCCAUCAAAUGUGCUUCCCUCCCCUACCCUCCGCUUUAACAUUUAGUUUUCUUUCAACAGAAAACUUUUCUUUACUGACUACGGGAAUGUCGCCAAAGUGGAGAGAUGUGACAUGGAUGGGAUGAACAGAACAAGGAUAAUUGAUUCAAAGACAGAGCAGCCAGCUGCACUGGCACUAGACCUAGUCAACAAAUUGGUUUACUGGGUAGAUCUUUACUUGGACUAUGUGGGAGUAGUGGACUAUCAAGGAAAAAAUAGACAUGCUAUCAUUCAAGGCAGACAAGUCAGACAUCUUUAUGGUAUAACUGUGUUCGAAGAUUAUUUGUAUGCAACCAAUUCUGAUAACUACAAUAUCAUAAGGAUAAACCGAUUUAAUGGCACUGAUAUUCACUCAUUAAUUAAAAUGGAGAAUGCUCGGGGAAUCCGAAUUUAUCAGAAAAGAACUCAACCGACAGUCAGAAGCCAUGCAUGUGAAGUCGAUCCAUAUGGAAUGCCAGGGGGCUGUUCACACAUCUGUCUACUCAGCAGCAGUUACAAAACUCGGACCUGUCGCUGCAGGACUGGCUUCAACUUGGGAAGCGAUGGCAGGUCAUGCAAAAGACCAAAGAAUGAGUUGUUCCUCUUUUAUGGGAAAGGACGCCCAGGAAUUGUUAGAGGAAUGGACUUGAAUACCAAGAUAGCUGAUGAAUACAUGAUCCCCAUAGAAAAUCUGGUAAACCCUCGUGCUUUAGAUUUUCACGCAGAAACCAAUUACAUCUACUUUGCUGACACCACCAGUUUCCUAAUUGGCCGGCAGAAGAUAGAUGGCACAGAACGAGAAACCAUCCUGAAAGAUGAUCUGGAUAAUGUAGAGGGCAUUGCUGUGGACUGGAUUGGAAAUAAUCUUUACUGGACCAACGAUGGCCAUAGGAAAACCAUUAAUGUGGCCAGGCUGGAAAAAGCUUCUCAGAGUCGGAAGACUCUUUUAGAGGGUGAAAUGUCUCAUCCCAGAGGAAUUGUGGUGGAUCCAAUUAAUGGUUGGAUGUAUUGGACAGACUGGGAGGAAGAUGAAAUAGAUGACAGCGUGGGAAGGAUUGAGAAGGCCUGGAUGGAUGGAUUCAAUCGGCAGAUUUUUGUGACUUCAAAGAUGCUGUGGCCAAAUGGUUUAACUCUGGACUUUCACACCAACACAUUAUACUGGUGUGAUGCCUAUUACGAUCAUAUUGAAAAAGUGUUUUUGAAUGGAACUCACAGGAAGAUUGUUUACAGUGGGAGAGAGCUGAACCACCCUUUUGGACUGUCACAUCAUGGAAAUUAUGUGUUCUGGACAGAUUAUAUGAAUGGUUCCAUUUUUCAACUCGACUUGAUAACGAGUGAAGUGACAUUGCUGAGGCAUGAAAGACCACCCCUAUUUGGGCUUCAGAUUUAUGAUCCACGAAAGCAACAAGGUGACAAUAUGUGCCGAGUAAAUAAUGGGGGCUGUAGUACGCUUUGCUUGGCUAUCCCAGGAGGCCGGGUGUGUGCUUGUGCUGAUAAUCAACUUUUGGAUGAAAAUGGGACAACUUGCACAUUUAACCCUGGAGAAGUACUACCUCGCAUAUGUAAAGCUGGAGAAUUUCGCUGCAAAAACAGACACUGUAUCCAAGCUCGGUGGAAAUGUGAUGGCGACGAUGAUUGCCUAGAUGGAAGCGAUGAGGACUCAGUAAACUGCUUCAAUCAUAGCUGUCCUGAUGAUCAGUUUAAAUGCCAGAAUAAUCGCUGCAUCCCCAAGAGAUGGCUUUGUGAUGGAGCUAAUGACUGUGGAAGCAAUGAAGAUGAAUCCAAUCAAACAUGUUCAGCCAGAACAUGCCAGGUAGACCAGUUUUCUUGCGGAAAUGGGCGUUGCAUUCCCAGAGCAUGGCUGUGUGAUAGGGAAGACGACUGUGGUGACCAGACAGAUGAAAUGGCAUCUUGUGAAUUCCCAACUUGUGAGCCACUAACACAAUUUGUUUGCAAAAAUGGAAGAUGCAUUAGCAGCAAAUGGCACUGCGACUCUGAUGACGACUGUGGGGACGGGAGUGAUGAGGUGGGCUGUGUUCACUCUUGCUUUGAUAAUCAGUUCAGAUGUUCCAGUGGCAGAUGCAUCCCGGGCCAUUGGGCCUGUGAUGGUGACAAUGACUGUGGUGACUUCAGUGAUGAAGCCCAGAUCAAUUGUACCAAAGAAGAGAUUCAUUCUCCUGCUGGUUGUAAUGGAAAUGAAUUUCAAUGCCACCCUGAUGGUAACUGCAUUCCUGAUCUGUGGCGCUGUGAUGGAGAAAAAGAUUGUGAAGAUGGUAGUGAUGAAAAAGGUUGCAAUGGUACCAUACGAUUGUGUGACCACAGAACCAAGUUUUCCUGUUGGAGUACAGGGAGAUGCAUCAACAAAGCAUGGGUGUGUGAUGGAGACAUUGAUUGUGAAGAUCAGUCAGAUGAAGAUGACUGUGACAGUUUCUUGUGUGGACCACCCAAAUAUCCUUGUGCUAAUGACACCUCAGUCUGCCUGCAGCCAGAGAAACUCUGCAAUGGGAAAAAGGAUUGUCCUGAUGGCUCUGAUGAAGGCGAUCUCUGUGAUGAAUGUUCACUGAACAAUGGAGGCUGUAGCAACCACUGUUCUGUUGUUCCUGGAAGAGGAAUUGUGUGUUCCUGCCCUGAAGGACUUCAACUCAACAAAGACAAUAAAACAUGUGAAAUUGUGGAUUACUGUAGCAACCAUCUAAAGUGCAGCCAAGUGUGUGAGCAGCACAAGAACACAGUUAAGUGCUCAUGUUAUGAAGGUUGGAAGCUGGAUGUAGAUGGUGAAAGUUGUACAAGUGUUGAUCCUUUUGAAGCAUUCAUCAUCUUUUCUAUUCGUCAUGAGAUCAGAAGGAUUGAUCUUCACAAAAGAGACUAUAGUCUACUUGUUCCUGGAUUGAGAAACACGAUAGCACUUGAUUUUCACUUCAAUCAAAGUUUACUUUAUUGGACAGAUGUUGUAGAAGACAGAAUAUACCGGGGAAAGCUUUCUGAAAGUGGAGGUGUCAGUGCCAUUGAAGUGGUUGUGGAGCAUGGCCUGGCUACUCCAGAAGGCCUGACAGUCGACUGGAUAGCAGGAAACAUAUACUGGAUAGACAGCAAUCUGGACCAAAUCGAGGUGGCUAAACUAGAUGGCUCCCUAAGAACUACACUAAUAGCAGGAGCCAUGGAACACCCCAGGGCCAUUGCUUUGGACCCAAGAUAUGGAAUUCUUUUCUGGACAGACUGGGAUGCAAAUUUUCCUCGCAUUGAAUCUGCCUCUAUGAGUGGUGCUGCAAGAAAAACCAUCUACAAAGACAUGAAAACUGGGGCUUGGCCUAAUGGACUAACUGUGGACCACUUUGAGAAAAGGAUAGUGUGGACAGAUGCCAGGUCAGAUGCUAUUUAUUCAGCCCUCUAUGAUGGAACAAACAUGAUAGAAAUCAUCCGAGGUCAUGAAUACCUUUCUCAUCCCUUUGCUGUGUCUCUAUAUGGGAGUGAAGUCUACUGGACAGACUGGAGGACCAACACAUUGUCCAAAGCCAAUAAGUGGACAGGGCAGAAUGUCAGUGUGAUUCAGAAAACAAGUGCACAGCCGUUUGACCUUCAGAUAUACCAUCCCAGUCGCCAGCCACAGGCUCCCAAUCCUUGUGCAGCUAAUGACGGCAAAGGCCCCUGCUCUCACAUGUGUCUAAUCAAUCACAAUAGGAGCGCUGCAUGUGCAUGCCCCCACUUGAUGAAGCUUUCUUCAGACAAGAAGACCUGCUAUGAAAUGAAAAAAUUUCUUCUUUAUGCAAGACGUUCUGAAAUCAGAGGAGUGGAUAUUGACAAUCCAUAUUUUAACUUUAUCACGGCAUUUACAGUUCCUGAUAUUGAUGAUGUUACUGUGAUAGACUUCGAUGCAUCUGAGGAACGUUUAUAUUGGACAGAUAUUAAAACACAAACCAUUAAACGAGCUUUUAUUAAUGGAACUGGGUUAGAAACUGUUAUUUCAAGAGAUAUUCAGAGUAUCAGAGGACUAGCAGUGGAUUGGGUGUCACGUAAUUUAUACUGGAUUAGCUCAGAAUAUGAUGAAACGCAAAUUAAUGUGGCAAGGCUAGAUGGCUCUUUGAAAACCUCAAUUAUCCAUGGAAUCGAUAAGCCACAGUGUCUUGCAGCUCACCCAGUCAGGGGAAAACUCUACUGGACCGAUGGAAACACAAUUAACAUGGCAAAUAUGGAUGGCAGUAAUAGCAAGAUUCUGUUUCAGAAUCAGAAGGAGCCAGUUGGUCUAUCGAUAGACUAUGUGGAAAACAAGCUUUAUUGGAUCAGUUCGGGGAAUGGAACCAUAAAUAGAUGCAACCUGGAUGGUGGUAAUUUAGAAGUAAUCGAGUCAAUGAAAGAAGAAUUAACAAAAGCUACAGCCCUAACCAUCAUGGAUAAGAAACUGUGGUGGGCAGACCAAAACUUAGCUCAGCUGGGAACCUGCAGCAAAAGAGAUGGAAGAAACCCUACCAUCUUACGGAAUAAAACAUCUGGGGUAGUUCAUAUGAAAGUAUAUGAUAAAGAAGCACAGCAAGGCAGCAAUUCUUGCCAGCUAAACAAUGGUGGAUGCUCUCAACUUUGUUUACCCACAUCUGAAACUACAAGGACGUGUAUGUGCACAGUGGGAUAUUAUCUCCAAAAGAACCGCAUGUCAUGUCAAGGUAUAGAAUCAUUUCUUAUGUACUCUGUUCAUGAAGGAAUCAGGGGAAUACCUCUUGAACCAAGUGACAAAAUGGAUGCUUUGAUGCCUAUAUCAGGAACUUCAUUUGCCGUGGGAAUAGAUUUCCAUGCAGAAAAUGAUACCAUCUACUGGACAGACAUGGGCUUCAAUAAAAUUAGCCGAGCUAAAAGAGAUCAGACUUGGAAAGAAGAUAUCAUUACCAAUGGCUUGGGAAGAGUGGAAGGGAUAGCUAUUGACUGGAUUGCUGGUAACAUAUAUUGGACAGAUCAUGGUUUCAACUUAAUUGAAGUUGCAAGACUCAAUGGUUCUUUCCGUUAUGUAAUUAUUUCCCAAGGCCUGGAUCAACCAAGAUCUAUAGCUGUGCACCCAGAGAAAGGCCUCUUGUUCUGGACUGAAUGGGGACAAAUGCCCUGUAUUGGAAAGGCUCGUUUGGAUGGCUCAGAGAAGGUUGUCCUUGUAAGCAUGGGAAUAGCGUGGCCAAAUGGCAUCUCCAUUGACUAUGAGGAAAAUAAAUUGUACUGGUGUGAUGCUCGCACAGACAAGAUAGAGAGAAUCGACCUUGAGACUGGAGGGCAUCGCGAGGUGGUGCUGUCAGGAAGCAAUGUGGAUAUGUUUUCAGUUGCAGUCUUUGGGGCUUACAUCUACUGGUCUGACAGAGCACAUGCAAACGGGUCCGUCAGAAGGGGCCACAAGAAUGAUGCCACAGAAACGAUAACCAUGAGAACUGGUCUUGGAGUCAACCUGAAGGAGGUUAAAAUAUUUAACCGAGUAAGAGAGAAAGGGACCAAUGUUUGUGCCAGGGACAAUGGUGGCUGUAAGCAACUCUGUCUUUAUCGAGGAAAUUCCCAGAGAACUUGUGCUUGUGCCCAUGGAUAUUUGGCAGAAGAUGGAGUUACUUGCCUGAGGCAUGAAGGCUAUUUGCUAUAUUCAGGAAGAACAAUAUUAAAAAGUAUACAUCUUUCUGAUGAAACCAAUUUAAAUUCCCCAGUAAGGCCAUAUGAGAAUCCACAUUAUUUCAAGAAUGUCAUAGCCUUGGCUUUUGACUAUAAUCAAAGAAGAAAAGGUACCAACCGAAUCUUUUACAGUGAUGCACACUUUGGAAAUAUACAGCUUAUUAAAGACAACUGGGAAGACAGACAAGUAAUUGUUGAAAAUGUGGGUUCUGUGGAAGGACUUGCCUAUCACAGAGCCUGGGAUACACUGUACUGGACAAGCUCCACCACCUCAUCCAUCACCAGACACACUGUGGACCAGACUCGACCUGGAGCAUUUGACAGGGAAGCUGUCAUCACCAUGUCAGAGGAUGACCACCCACAUGUGCUAGCCUUGGAUGAAUGUCAAAAUUUAAUGUUUUGGACCAACUGGAAUGAACAGCAUCCAAGUAUCAUGAGAUCUACUCUGACUGGGAAGAAUGCUCAAGUGGUGGUCAGUACAGACAUACUCACUCCAAAUGGACUCACUAUCGACUACCGUGCAGAGAAGUUGUAUUUCUCAGAUGGCAGUCUAGGAAAAAUUGAACGGUGUGAAUAUGAUGGAUCCCAGAGACAUGUGAUAGUUAAGUCCAGCCCAGGAACCUUCCUCAGCUUGGCUGUUUAUGACAAUUAUAUAUUCUGGUCAGACUGGGGAAGAAGAGCUAUCCUGCGGUCCAACAAGUACACAGGAGGAGAUACAAAAAUUCUUCGUUCCGAUAUUCCACAUCAGCCAAUGGGAAUCAUAGCUGUUGCCAAUGACACCAAUAGCUGUGAACUUUCUCCAUGUGCAUUAUUGAAUGGAGGCUGCCAUGACUUGUGCCUUUUAACUCCCAAUGGGAGAGUGAAUUGUUCCUGCAGAGGGGACCGAAUAUUGCUAGAGGACAACAGAUGUGUGACUAAAAAUUCCUCCUGCAACAUUUAUUUGGAGUUUGAAUGUGGAAAUGGUGAGUGCAUUGACUACCAGCUCACCUGUGAUGGCAUUCCUCACUGUAAGGACAAAUCAGAUGAAAAACUGCUCUACUGUGAAAACAGAAGCUGUCGAAGAGGCUUCAAACCUUGCUAUAAUCGCCGCUGCAUUCCUCAUGGCAAGUUAUGUGAUGGAGAAAAUGACUGCGGAGACAACUCUGAUGAAUUAGAUUGUAAAGUUUCAACCUGUGCCACAGUUGAGUUCCGCUGUGCAGAUGGGACUUGUAUUCCAAGAUCAGCACGAUGCAACCAGAACAUAGACUGUGCAGAUGCUUCAGAUGAAAAGAACUGCAAUAACACAGACUGUACACACUUCUAUAAACUUGGAGUGAAAACCACAGGGUUCAUAAGAUGUAAUUCUACUUCACUGUGUGUUCUGCCAACCUGGAUAUGCGAUGGGUCUAAUGACUGUGGAGACUAUUCAGAUGAAUUAAAGUGCCCAGUUCAAAACAAACACAAAUGUGAAGAAAAUUAUUUUAGUUGUCCUAGUGGAAGAUGCAUUUUGACUACCUGGAUAUGUGAUGGUCAGCAAGAUUGUGAGGAUGGGCUUGAUGAAUUCCACUGUGAUUCUUCCUGCUCUUGGAACCAAUUUGCUUGUUCUGCACAAAAAUGUAUUUCUAAGCAUUGGAUUUGUGAUGGAGAGGAUGAUUGUGGGGAUGGAUUAGAUGAAAGUGAUAGCAUUUGUGGUGCCGUAACCUGUGCUGCUGACAUGUUCAACUGCCAGGGCUCUCAUGCCUGCGUGCCCCGACAUUGGCUUUGUGAUGGUGAAAGGGACUGUCCAAAUGGAAGCGAUGAGCUUUCCACAGCAGGCUGCGCUCCCAAUAAUACAUGUGAUGAAAAUGCUUUCAUGUGCCAUAAUAAAGUAUGCAUUCCCAAGCAAUUUGUUUGUGACCAUGAUGACGACUGUGGAGAUGGCUCUGAUGAGUCACCACAGUGUGGAUACCGACAGUGUGGUACAGAAGAAUUUAGUUGUGCUGAUGGGCGGUGUCUUCUAAAUACUCAAUGGCAGUGUGAUGGAGACUUUGACUGUCCUGACCAUUCUGAUGAAGCACCUUUAAAUCCAAAGUGUAAAAGUGCAGAACAGUCAUGCAACAGUUCAUUUUUUAUGUGCAAAAAUGGCAGGUGCAUUCCCAGUGGAGGUCUUUGCAACAAUAAGGAUGACUGUGGCGAUGGUUCAGAUGAGAGAAACUGCCAUAUAAAUGAAUGUUUGAGUAAGAAAGUCAGUGGAUGUUCUCAAGACUGUCAAGACCUUCCAAUCAGUUAUAAGUGCAAAUGCUGGCCUGGAUUCCAACUGAAGGAUGAUGGCAAAACAUGUGUAGACAUUGAUGAAUGCUCUUCAGGCUUUCCCUGUAGCCAGCAAUGCAUCAAUACAUAUGGGACUUACACGUGCCUCUGUACAGAUGGGUAUGAAAUACAACCUGAUAACCCAAAUGGCUGCAAAUCACUCUCAGAUGAAGAACCUUUUUUAAUUCUUGCUGAUCAUCAUGAGAUAAGGAAAAUUAGCACUGAUGGCUCCAACUACACACUUUUAAAACAGGGAUUAAACAAUGUUAUUGCUAUAGACUUUGAUUACAGAGAAGAAUUCAUCUAUUGGAUUGAUUCUAGCCGACCCAAUGGCAGUCGCAUAAAUAGAAUGUGUUUAAAUGGAAGUGACAUUAAGGUAGUUCAUAACACAGCGGUCCCCAAUGCACUUGCUGUCGAUUGGAUUGGAAAAAACCUCUAUUGGUCUGACACAGAAAAAAGGAUCAUUGAAGUAUCCAAACUCAAUGGCUUGUACCCUACUAUACUCGUUAGCAAAAGGCUGAAGUUUCCCAGGGACUUGUCUUUAGAUCCUCGAGCUGGGUAUUUGUAUUGGAUUGACUGCUGCGAGUAUCCUCAUAUUGGUCGUGUUGGAAUGGAUGGAACCAAUCAGAGUGUUGUCAUAGAAACCAAGAUUUCUAGACCUAUGGCACUAACAAUAGAUUAUGUUAACCAUAGACUCUACUGGGCUGAUGAAAAUCACAUUGAAUUUAGCAACAUGGAUGGAUCUCAUAGACACAAAGUCCCUAAUCAAGAUAUUCCAGGGGUGAUUGCACUAACAUUGUUUGAAGACUACAUCUACUGGACUGAUGGGAAAACCAAGUCACUCAGCCGUGCCCAUAAAACAUCGGGAGCAGACAGACUCUCACUGAUUAACUCAUGGCAUGCCAUCACAGAUAUCCAGGUGUAUCAUUCUUAUAGACAACCUGAUGUCUCCAAACAUCUCUGCAUGAUAAAUAAUGGUGGUUGUAGUCAUCUGUGCCUUUUAGCCCCUGGAAAAACCCACACUUGUGCAUGUCCCACCAACUUCUAUCUGGCAGCUGAUAAUAGGACUUGCUUAUCCAACUGCACAGCCAGCCAGUUUCGUUGCAAAACUGACAAAUGUAUUCCAUUCUGGUGGAAAUGUGACACUGUGGAUGACUGUGGUGAUGGAUCUGAUGAACCUGAUGACUGUCCUGAAUUUAAAUGUCAGCCAGGCCGAUUUCAGUGUGGGACUGGACUCUGUGCUCUACCAGCUUUCAUCUGUGAUGGAGAGAAUGAUUGUGGAGACAAUUCUGAUGAACUCAACUGUGACACACAUGUCUGCCUGUCAGGUCAAUUCAAGUGUACCAAGAACCAGAAAUGUAUCCCAGUAAACUUAAGAUGUAAUGGGCAAGAUGACUGUGGUGAUGAGGAAGAUGAAAGAGACUGUCCUGAAAACAGCUGUUCUCCAGACUAUUUCCAGUGUAAGACUACAAAACAUUGCAUUUCCAAGCUGUGGGUUUGUGAUGAGGAUCCAGACUGUGCAGAUGCAUCAGACGAGGCCAACUGUGAUAAAAAGACUUGUGGACCUCAUGAAUUCCAGUGUAAAAACAACAACUGUAUUCCAGAUCACUGGCGGUGUGAUAGCCAAAAUGACUGCAGUGAUAACUCAGAUGAAGAAAACUGUAAGCCACAGACAUGUACACUGAAAGAUUUCCUCUGUGCCAAUGGGGACUGUGUUUCUUCAAGGUUCUGGUGUGAUGGAGAUUUUGACUGUGCAGAUGGCUCUGAUGAGAGAAAUUGUGAAAUAAGUUGUUCCAAAGAUCAGUUCCAAUGUUCCAAUGGUCAGUGUAUACCAGCAAAAUGGAAAUGUGAUGGCCAUGAAGACUGUAAAUAUGGGGAAGAUGAGAAAAGCUGUGAGCCAGCUUCUCCUACUUGCUCAUCAAGUGAAUAUAUAUGUGCCAGUGGUGGAUGUAUUUCAGCAUCUUUGAAAUGUAAUGGAGAAUAUGAUUGUGCUGAUGGUUCAGAUGAGAUGGACUGUGUGACUGAAUGUAAGGAAGAUCAGUUUCGGUGCAAAAAUAAAGCCCACUGUAUUCCAAUUAGAUGGCUGUGUGAUGGAAUUCAUGACUGUGUGGAUGGCAGUGAUGAAGAGAACUGCGACAGAGGAGGAAAUAUAUGUAGAGCUGAUGAGUUCCUUUGCAAUAAUUCUCUCUGCAAACUACAUUCCUGGGUGUGUGAUGGAGAGGACGACUGUGGAGACAACUCUGAUGAAGCCCCUGAUAUGUGUGUCAAAUUUCUUUGUCCAUCCACAAGACCUCACAGAUGCAGAAAUAACAGAAUAUGCCUACAGUCUGAGCAAAUGUGCAAUGGGAUUGAUGACUGCGGGGACAACUCAGAUGAAGAUCACUGUAGUGGUAAGCUGACAUAUAAAGCAAGGCCUUGUAAAAAGGAUGAGUUUGCUUGUAGUAAUAAAAAAUGCAUCCCUAUGGAUCUCCAGUGUGAUCGACUUGAUGACUGCGGAGAUGGUUCAGAUGAGCAAGGAUGCAGAAUAGCUCCUACUGAAUAUACCUGUGAAGAUAAUGUGAAUCCAUGUGGAGACGAUGCAUAUUGUAAUCAAAUAAAAACAUCUGUUUUCUGUCGCUGUAAGCCUGGAUUUCAGAGAAACAUGAAAAACAGACAAUGUGAAGACAUCAAUGAAUGUUUGGUGUUUGGCACAUGUUCCCAUCAAUGUAUAAAUGUGGAAGGAUCAUAUAAAUGUGUGUGUGACCAGAAUUUUCAAGAAAGAAAUAACACCUGCAUAGCAAAAGGCUCUGAAGAUCAAGUUCUCUACAUUGCUAAUGACACUGAUAUCCUGGGUUUUAUAUAUCCAUUCAACUACAGUGGCGAUCAUCAACAAAUUUCUCAUAUUGAACAUAAUUCAAGGAUAACAGGGAUGGAUGUAUAUUCUCAAAGAGAUAUGAUUAUUUGGAGUACUCAGUUUAAUCCAGGCGGAAUUUUCUACAAAAGGAUCCAUGGCAGAGAAAAAAGGCAAGCAAACAGUGGCUUGAUUUGUCCUGAAUUUAAAAGGCCAAGGGACAUUGCAGUUGACUGGGUGGCUGGAAACAUUUACUGGACUGAUCAUUCUAGAAUGCACUGGUUCAGUUACUACACUACUCACUGGACCAGUCUGAGGUACUCUAUUAACGUAGGGCAGCUGAAUGGCCCCAACUGCACCAGACUCUUAACAAAUAUGGCUGGAGAACCGUAUGCUAUUGCUGUAAAUCCUAAAAGAGGGAUGAUGUACUGGACUGUGGUUGGAGAUCACUCCCACAUAGAAGAAGCAGCCAUGGAUGGUACACUGAGAAGGAUUUUAGUACAAAAGAACUUACAGAGACCCACAGGUUUGGCUGUGGAUUAUUUUAGUGAACGCAUAUAUUGGGCUGACUUUGAGCUCUCCAUCAUUGGCAGUGUUCUGUAUGAUGGCUCUAACUCAAUAGUCUCUGUUAGCAGCAAACAAGGUUUAUUACAUCCACAUAGAAUUGAUAUCUUCGAAGAUUAUAUAUAUGGAGCAGGACCUAAAAAUGGUGUAUUUCGAGUACAAAAAUUUGGCCAUGGUUCAGUAGAGUACUUAGCUUUAAAUAUUGAUAAAACAAAAAGUGUUUUGAUAUCUCAUCGUUAUAAACAACUAGACUUACCCAAUCCAUGCUCGGAUUUAGCAUGUGAAUUCCUCUGCUUGCUGAAUCCUUCUGGGGCCACUUGUGUGUGUCCGGAAGGAAAAUAUUUGAUUAAUGGCACCUGCAAUGAUGACAGUCUGUUAGAUGAUUCAUGUAAGUUAACUUGUGAAAAUGGAGGAAGAUGCAUUUUAAAUGAGAAGGGUGAUUUGAGGUGUCACUGUUGGCCUAGUUAUUCAGGAGAAAGAUGUGAAGUCAACCACUGUAGCAACUACUGCCAGAAUGGAGGAACUUGUGUGCCAUCAGUUCUAGGGAGACCCACCUGCAGCUGUGCACUAGGUUUCACUGGGCCAAACUGUGGUAAGACAGUCUGUGAGGAUUUUUGUCAAAAUGGAGGAACCUGCAUUGUGACUGCUGGAAACCAGCCUUACUGCCACUGCCAGCCGGAAUACACCGGAGACAGAUGUCAGUACUACGUGUGCCACUACUAUUGUGUGAAUUCUGAAUCAUGUACCAUUGGGGAUGAUGGAAGUGUUGAAUGUGUCUGUCCAACACGCUAUGAAGGACCAAAAUGUGAGGUUGACAAGUGUGUAAAGUGCCAUGGGGGGCACUGCAUUAUAAAUAAAGACAGUGAAGAUAUACUUUGCAACUGCACUAAUGGAAAGAUUGCCUCUAGCUGUCAGUUAUGUGAUGGCUACUGUUACAAUGGUGGCACAUGCCAGCUGGACCCGGAGACAAAUGUACCUGUGUGUCUAUGCUCUGUGGGGUUUAAAAGUCAGCGCUGUGACCAGAAAGAGAACCCUUGUGAUCACUACUGUCAGAAUGAGGGGAUUUGCACUUUAACUGCGUUUAAUGAGCCGAGAUGCAAAUGCUCUACCAACUGGUCAGGCACACAGUGUGAAAGGCCAGCCCCAAAGAGCAGCAAGUCUGAUCACAUCAGCACAAGAAGCAUUGCCAUCAUUGUGCCUCUCGUCCUCUUGGUGACUUUGAUAACCACCUUAGUAAUUGGUUUAGUGCUUUGUAAAAGAAAAAGAAGGACAAAAACAAUUAGAAGACAACCUAUUAUCAAUGGAGGAAUAAAUGUAGAAAUUGGCAAUCCAUCUUAUAACAUGUAUGAGGUAGACCAUGAUCACAGCGAUGGAGGUCUUUUAGAUCCUGGCUUUAUGAUAGACCCAACAAAGGCCAGAUACAUAGCGGGAGGACCCAGUGCUUUCAAGCUUCCACACACAGCGCCGCCCAUCUACCUAAACUCUGAUUUGAAAGGACCACUAACUGCUGGGCCAACAAAUUACUCCAAUCCAGUAUAUGCAAAAUUAUAUAUGGAUGGGCAAAACUGUCGAAACUCCUUAGGAAGUGUUGAUGAAAGGAAAGAACUGCUUCCAAAGAAAAUAGAAAUUGGUAUAAGAGAGACAGUGGCAUAAUCAGUGAUACCUUUUAUAUGCUGUAUAAAUGUAUAAAAUAUAAGGAUUACUUUUGUAUGUUCCAAUAGUAUUAUACUUGUUUUGGCAUCAGCAUUACCUCUUUCUUUAUCUUUUUCCUGGUUAAUUGUUUUCUGAGUUUUUGGGUUUAUGUUUUGCUGAUGACUAUUGAUUGACCAUUUGUAUGGUAUUUUUAUGAAAAAGAACUGCACUACAGUACAAUUUACAACAAUGCUGCUGAUAUGACACACCUUUGAAUUUGUCAAAAUUAAAAACAACAUAUUCCUUUGUAGUGUGAAUAUAAGCAAUCUAUUUUAUAUGAACUUUUUUGGUUGUACUUAAUCAAAGAGAAUCUCUGCACUUUUCCAUUAUAUGGUUUGAAAGCUGUAAUACAGUGUCAUUUUAUUUUUCUCUUUAAAUUGAUUGAUGGGAAAAUGAUUGAAUGAUCAACUCUCUUCUUUGUGCCCAUAAAGAUUGAUUCAGACUCUGCUGAAAAUAUAUAGCUCUCACAAGUUCAGCAUCACCUGCUUUGAAAUUAGCCUUAGAUUGCCAACCAAUAGAUGAGAAUUUUGAGGAAAAAAAUUAAAAAUAUGUAAAAUUAAUAAUUUGCAUGAACACAGAUGACUCCAUUUUCCAAAACUUAGUGGACUCUAUCUGAUGUACUAAAUGCAUACACCUUGUAAGCAAUAGUUAUAUUUAGGUGGUAGAACAUAGCAAAAAUAUAACUGAAAGUUGGCAGACUGCACUUGCUACUGAAUAAGACCUUUUGUUCUCCCUCAGUCUUGAGAUUGAUAGCCAGCCUAGAGCACAACAGGGCAUUGGGUACUUGUGUCUUAGGUAUUUCUUCCCAGUCACAUGCAUUUUGUGGAAGAUUAACCAAACCCCUUACUACACUAAACACUAAAGAAUAAUACAUAAGCACACAAAUUGAUGACAGAAUUUCAAUUAUGUGAAUGCAUCCUCUUUACUAGGUCAAAAACAAAGGGCAAAGCAGACAUUUUAGUACACAUAGUGAUUGGUAAAUAUUUUCAAGAUAUAAUAUGAGUAAUCCAUUAUUCGCUCUAUCCAAAAUAUAUUCAAGAGGCUUCCAAGUUGUAGAAGAACAAUGAUCUGCCCAUAAUCGAAGGUGGAGAGUCUAAAUGCUGUACCAGUUGCUCUGGUAUUCAGGUUUCCUUGGGUUUUACAGAACACGUGGACCCCAUUCACAUUUGGUUUGUUUAUCUUCAAAUUUGAGUUGAAACAAGUGUGAUUUAUUUAAGUUGUAUUAAAAAAAAGGAUAGCAUUUUUAUACAAAUAUCUUUAAAGGCACAAAAGAUUUAUUCACAAGUUUUGGAGGGCUUUUUGUUCCUCCGAUAGACAUGACUGACUUUUAGCUGUCAUAAUGUAUUAACCUAACAGAUGAAAUAUGUUAAAUAUGUGGUUGCUCUUUAUCCCUUUGUACAAGCAUUAAAAAAACUGCUGUUUUAUAAGAAGACUUUUUGUUGUACUAUGUGCAUGCAUACUACCUAUUUCUAAACUUUGCCAUAUUGAGGCCUUUAUAAACUAUUGAUUUAUGUAAUACUAGUGCAAUUUUGCUUGAACAAUGUUAUGCAUAUCAUAAACUUUUUCAGGUUCUUGUUUAAGUACAUUUUUUAAAUUGAACAGUAUUUUUCAUUUUGGUUAUAAUAUAGUCAUUUUGCCUAUGUUUCUACAAUGAAGUGUUAAAUACUUUAUAAAAAAUUGUUGACUGACUUAUUUAAAUGAAAUUCUACAUAUUUAA